AUGACCCGCCGAAAGGGCGCUGCGGUCUUGGGGGCUGCGUUGCUCCUCGCGCUGCUCGCGAACGAGUUCGUCGUCGUGGGCGUCAAAAGCGCAGCCACAGCCGACGACGGAAGUAAGCAAACGCGGCGCGUGCGGAGCCAGAGUGCUCACCUGGCGUCGCUGGUCAGAGUGGUACGUGGCGCAGUGGCGCUUUGCGAAACGUUCCUCGACGAAUGUUGGCUCGACUCUGGGACGCUGCUGGGAGCGCGGCGCAGCGGGCGCGUGCUGCGGUGGGACGAGGACGGUGACCUGGGCGUCAGCCGGGCGGCGCACCUCAAGCUGAGCGCGCUCUCCGCGGCGAACGAGACUAUUUGGUGUACGGCAAUGAACUCCACGCGCCGCACCCCGUGUCAGUCGCUUGACGAUUUCUUGGCGGAGCGGGCGCUCCGGCUCGACUGGACAGGCCGGGUCGAAGACGUCAUCGCGCGCGUCGUUGACCCCGAGACGGAACUAUACGUCGACUUGUUCGUGUACUUCCGGUACGAGCGCGAGAAGCCUCUGGAAAAUCGGUUCUCGCACAAGGUAGCCCUUCACUUGACGGAAACUGAAAAAGUCGCAUACCAAGGAGGGGGCCUCGUGCACGGCGUCUUCUCGCGAGCUUGGACCGGGACGUGCAUGUCCUGCAAGACGCGCCGCAAAGAUGACCGGAAGGUCCCCGUUUUCCCGGCCGACUGGAUCUUCCCGCUGCGACGAUGCCAAAUCGAAGGCGUAUCCGCAUGGUGUCCGCACGAGACCGAGCGGGUCUUGACCUACAUGUACGGCGAGUCGUUUUUGACGCCGCCCGCGUCGACGCGGCCCGCCGCUCGGCUCGCCUUGUACGCGGCCGUAGUCCUCGGCGCGUACCGGGCCUGGGAUUGUCGUGCAGCUGGCUAG